GUACGUCAAAAGUCAAAAAAAUGAAGAGAAUUGAUAAUUAUUUGACAAGAAGAUGAAGUCUGGUGGAUACAAAUUACCAUUACGAAAACACAACAGGCAUUUUAAUAUAAAUUAAAAGGACGUGUCUUUGUGUCUUUUAUUUUGAAAAGCGACCAUAAAUAGUAGUGAAAGAGUGUUUUUAUUUUAAUUUAUAUUCAAGAUUAAGCAAAUCAUAAAAUGGGACCCCCUAAAAAGUUCAGGAAAUAUGACUCCAAAGGUGGAAGCGACAGAUCUGGUAAAAAGAAAAAAGUAGAUGAGGAAGUGACAAUUGAUUUAGUGGAUGAUGAUAACCCUGAAAGUUCUGGAGUGCCGGGAGCGGCCCUGCAGGAUGCUGAGAAAAACGACCAGGUCCCUGAAGAUGAGUUUGGAGCUAAAGAUUACAGAAAUCAAAUGGAACUCAAACCCGACAAUGCCAGUCGUCCGCUGUGGGUGGCUCCUAAUGGUCAUAUAUUUCUCGAGUCAUUUUCGCCAGUCUAUAAACAUGCUCAUGACUUUUUAAUUGCUAUUGCUGAGCCAGUGUCAAGGCCUCAGCACAUACAUGAGUAUAAAUUAACAGCGUACAGUUUAUAUGCAGCAGUUUCUGUGGGUUUGCAAACAAAUGACAUAAUUGAAUAUUUACAACGUCUCAGUAAGUGUAACGUUCCGGCCGGUAUCAUAGAAUUCAUCACACUUUGUACUUUGUCUUAUGGCAAAGUAAAGCUUGUACUGAAACAUAACAGAUAUCUAGUGGAGAGUAAGCACGUGGAUGUUCUUCAGAAGCUCCUCAAGGAUCCCGUGAUCCAGCAGUGUAGACUGAGACGAGACGGAGAUGAAGAACUGGUCACCUCCGCUCUACCUACUACGGCGCCCGCACCGCCCGGGACCGCAGUUAAGACUGGUGAGGACAAACCCGCUGCUAACGGUGCGGUUCCUGAAGACAUCAGCCAGUUCUACCAACAACUGGACAAGGAUGACGAUGACGAGGAGACAACCGAUAUCACCGCGAAGAACACCGCUGUUGCCUUCGAAGUUGAUCCAGAUAAGAUAGAGGUGAUACAAAAACGCUGCAUCGAGCUGGAGUAUCCGCUGCUGGCGGAGUACGACUUCCGCAACGACGCCGUCAACCCUGACAUUAACAUUGAUCUAAAACCUACAGCAGUGCUGCGACCCUACCAGGAGAAGAGUCUCAGGAAGAUGUUCGGAAACGGCCGAGCGAGGUCAGGUGUGAUAGUGUUGCCGUGCGGCGCGGGCAAGUCCUUGGUGGGCGUGACGGCCGUGUGCACGGUCCGCAAGAGGGCGCUGGUGCUGUGCAACUCAGGAGUCUCCGUGGAACAAUGGAAACAGCAGUUCAAGUGUUGGUCCACCGCCGACGACAGUAUGAUAUGCAGGUUCACGUCGGAGGCCAAGGACAAGCCGAUGGGCGCCGGCAUCCUGAUCACGACCUACUCCAUGAUAACGCACGGCCAGCGCCGCUCGUGGGAGGCCGAGCAGACCAUGAAGUGGCUUCAGGCGCAGGAAUGGGGGCUCGUGGUGCUGGACGAGGUGCACACCAUCCCCGCCAAGAUGUUCCGCCGGGUGCUCACCAUAGUGCACUCCCACGCCAAGCUGGGUUUGACGGCGACGCUCCUCCGCGAGGACGACAAGAUAGCCGACCUGAACUUCCUGAUCGGCCCCAAGCUGUACGAAGCCAACUGGUUGGAGCUGCAAGCCAACGGCUACAUCGCCAGGGUCCAGUGCGCCGAGGUCUGGUGUCCCAUGACGCCCGAGUUCUACCGGGAGUACCUCGUGCAGAAGAUCAAUAAGAAAAUGUUGCUGUAUGUAAUGAACCCGUCCAAAUUCCGCGCCUGCCAGUUCCUCGUCCGCUACCACGAGCGCCGCGGGGACAAGACCAUAGUGUUCUCGGACAACGUGUUCGCCCUCAGACACUACGCCGUCAAAAUGAACAAGCCCUACAUCUACGGCCCGACGUCCCAGAACGAGAGGAUACAGAUACUUCAAAACUUCAAGUUCAACCCUAAAGUUAACACGAUUUUCGUCAGCAAAGUCGCCGACACCAGCUUCGACCUGCCCGAGGCGAACGUUCUCAUACAAAUCUCCUCGCACGGCGGCUCUAGGAGACAAGAAGCGCAACGUUUGGGUCGUAUAUUAAGAGCGAAGAAGGGUGCGCUAGCGGAGGAGUACAACGCAUUUUUCUACACAUUAGUAUCACAGGAUACUUUGGAGAUGGCGUACAGUCGCAAGAGACAGCGGUUCCUUGUGAACCAGGGUUACAGUUACAAGGUCAUUACAGAAUUGAAGGGCAUGGACCAGGAGCCCGAUCUGUUGUACGGAACUCGGGAGGAACAAGGGAUGCUGCUGCAACAAGUUCUCGCGGCGUCAGAGACGGACUGCGAGGAGGAGAGGGAGGGUGGAGCGGGCGGUGCGGGGAGCGCGGGCGGGGCGAGGCGCACCGCGGGGUCAUUGGCCUCGCUGGCGGGCGCCGACGACGCUCUGUACCUGGAACACAGGCGCUCCUCGCACCACAACAAGCACCCACUGUUCAAGAAGUUCAGAUAUUAAAGUGCGCGGCUGUUGGAAAUCUUUAUAGAAUUUUUAUUUUUCAGUUGUCGUUACUGUUCCUAACUGUUUCUAUCUUUGAUAAUGGCGAUCAAAAUGUCAUUGUAUCGUUCUGUUGCUCAUACAAAUAAAUUAUUUAUAAGUG